AUGAACACGCCUCAGCCGAUAACGAUGGGAGGUGUGCAGCAAUUCGUGCUUCGCCAAAAUGGCAUGGCCCAGUACGAUGGCGCUGACGACGGGAAGCCGCCAAAACGCAAACCAAGCAAAGGCAGGUCCGCGGACGAUGCCAAAAUGAAAGUCUCAAAAGACGACCUCGCACAAGUCAACAACAAGGUAGAAGCCAACAGCCAGAGGGCGCGGGACAGCGUUCAAGGCUCGAAACGAAACACUCGAUCGCAGUCAAAGAACAACAACGGGCGGGACAUUUACGAUACUGACGCCAGCAUUGCCGAUCACACAUCCGCGACAGGCAGCACUCAGCUAGCGAAGACCAGUCAGCCUCGCCAGCAGCAUGUAUCCACCACGACGCAGAUGCAAGGCCGUGACGACAAUGAGGCAAUCGGUUCUGGGUUUGGCGAGGAAGACAUUCCUGCAGGUGCUACACGUCAAGCUCCAAACAGUGGCAAUCCAAACGCACUUGUACAGAAAACUGUGCCAGGGGAUUCGUACCCAUCCACAAGUCAGCCAUCUGAAGUCCACCCGAACGAUAACCGCGCGAUGCAGCAAGCAUACCAUGCGCACUCUCAUCACGCGCAGCCUGUCCCGGUGGGAAGAGGCGUCGCAAGGGGUCAAGUAGGCAUGACUGCACCCAGAGCACAUGUGCCGCAGGCAACGAUGCCCUCGCAGCCUGUUCUGGUAGAUCCAAACCUCACCGGCGAAGGCGGCGGCUUUGCAUGGGGCAAGCCGUCCAACACCCAACCACACACGGGCUACAAUUUUCCUCCAGUACAUCGCCCUCCACAGACACAAGCAGGCCCUCAGCCGCACAUGAUGCCACCUAACCCACAGAUACAAGGACCUCUGCAGCCACAAAUGAUGCUUCCCAAUCCACAGAUGCAGCACCAUCCUACACGCUAUCAAUCUCCAGUCAAUCGACCAGAGCGAGAAACAAAUUCCUCGGCUAGACAUGUGACUGGCGAGAAGCAGACCCACGCCCGCCCGCCAGCCAAGCGCAACCCUUCUCAAGAACCGACGCAGCAACUGAGUGAGACCGGUCACGAAUCAGACAUCUCAAACGAUGCUCCGGACUUCGCGCAAUUACCAGAGCUCAAGCGACGUCCUCUGCACAACUCGGCAAAGACUGAAUAUGAGCAGCCGCCUCCAUCUGAUCCGCCUGCGGAAAGUGACCCCCAACUCCCGGAGUCAGCGUAUCACGACCAGAUGGCUGGACGUCACUAUAGUGAUACGGCCGAGCGGGGUGUCGUCGAGCAUUACUCUGGAGAUGCACCGCCUGACGAUGAGCCUCCGCUUGAAGACGAGCCAGAAUUUGAUUAUGAUCCGGGAGAAUUACUCAAGAUGAGCUACGCGCAGCUCAAGUCCCAGCCUUUUGACCUUGAUCCGCGUGCAAAGAAGCCCGAUCUAUCGCAUGACGAUCCGACGCCCUCUUUGCACGAGAAGCUCGCCACUGCCAUAGAAUUCGACCCGGAAGGUCAAGAAACCUUCUUCAAGAGUCUCGACAUAGACGAAUGGGAAGAAGCUGGAGAGUGGUUCCUUGAACGCUUCAGCGACAUCCUUGGGGCGAUCAAAGCAUCCCGUAGACAGAAGCGCAAGCUUGCCCUCGAAUUCGAGGGCAAGAUCGAUCAGCGGCAUGAGAGUGUGACCAAGAAACAGAAGCUUACUCAGGCUGCAUUGAACGAGAUGAAGGAGAGCGGCGGAAAGGUCCUACAAGGCACGCCGAGGAAGUCGAGAAAGUCGAAGAAGUGAUGAAGACCAUCGUCACUUGAACGCACGAUGGGAAGAUCCAAAGGGAUGUAAUACUGGCAUCCUGUGCUGCAAUGCGAUAAUGGCUCAAUGCCUUGACGACGAAAAAGAAUGAUGUAUGAAUAUGCAACAUGACUGCAUUUGCUGGCGCGUUAUACCCACUUGGUGCACGAAAGAAUCUUUUAUAGCACAUGUAUAUUAUGAAAAUAUCAAAAAUAAGUCCAAC